AUCUAAGUCCCGCCCUCUGCCUCAUAAAUGUCCAGCCCCAGCUCAUACCAGGACCUCCAGUCUCCAGAACUCUCCACUCCUCCUUCCUCUGGUCCUGUAGCUGAAAAAUCUGCAAAAAUGGAUCAAUGUGCAAUGAUUGUGAAGAACAUGUCCUUUAAGGUGGGACAGACCCUGACUCUGGUGGGAACGAUCAAACCUAACCCCACAAGGUUUUCGGUGAACAUUGGUCCGAAUGAGAACAAUAUCGCCAUACACGUAAACCCUCGCUUCAAUUAUGGCUGUGAUCAGAACACUGUGGUGUGUAACUCGUACCAGUGCUGUGUGUGGGGCGAGGAGCAGAAGGAGACCAGCUUCCCCUUCAAGGCCGGACAAACGUUCAGGAUGAUCAUCAGGUUCAACCCGACUGAGUUCCUGGUGGUUCUCCCUGACUGCUCCUCCUUCAAGUUCCCAAACCGCCUGGGCCGAGAAAAGUACUCCGUGAUUGGCAUAGAUGGAGACGCAUGCAUCACCAGCUUCGAGAUCAUAUAAAAGUUCACAUUUUUUAUAAACAUGUCUUGCUUUAAAACGCAGUAGGAAAGUGAAAGUCUUAUGCAAAGUUUUAUAAUAAGUAACUCCGUGGACAUGCUGUCACCCGGGUUUGAUUGAGUUAAUGAAUUAAAGGUCCUAUAUUUCACAAAAUUGACUAUUGUGAGCUUUUAGUCAUGUUAGAAGGUUGUCUAGUGAAGGUGUAUAGAGUUUAAAAAACACAGUGGAGCACUUCCUGUAUUACUACAAAUCCAUGUGAGAGAAGAACUCCGCAACCCUAACCCAGGAUUUGUGCGUUAAAAUAUGUGAUUGAAACAAAAUACAACUCUAGGUGUGUUUUUGAUGAGGAAGCAACAUUAUAACAAAGAAAAUCAGAAAAA